GUGACAAUAUAAAGCCUAUCAUUAUAAUUAUUAUGGCAGUUGCCUUUGGAAUUUUUAUUGGUGUUUCCCUUCCAGCUUUGCAUAUGACUAAGAUUAACUUUUCUUCAGGCUUAGGACAUACUUUUGGUGUACCUAUGUCUGAUAUAGACAGAUUUGCACUUGAUCUAGAGAAAUCUCUAACUAUUGAUGACAAAUCUUCCACCAAGCGUAUUGAAUUCCUUGGGUCCAUGAAAUUACCAAAGAUGUAUGUUCCAAGGAAUCCUCCUGGAGCAGAAUCUCUACCCCCAGGAAUUGUUGUGUCAGAAUCUGAUUUUUAUUUGCGUAGAUUAUGGGGCGACCCUAGUGAGGAUCUGAAGAAAAAGCCAAAGUAUUUAGUAACAUUCACUGUUGGCUAUGAUCAGAGAGAUAAUAUUGAUGCUGCGGUUAAAAAGUUCUCUGAUGAUUUCACAAUUUUGCUCUUUCAUUAUGAUGGUCGGACUAGUGAAUGGGAUGAAUACGAAUGGUCAAAUAAUGUAAUCCAUAUUAGUGCUAAAAAACAAACCAAAUGGUGGUAUGCUAAAAGGUUCUUGCAUCCUGAUAUUGUGGCGGCAUAUGAAUACAUUUUUAUUUGGGAUGAAGAUCUUGGAUUGGAAAACUUCGACGGAGACGAGUAUAUUAAGGUGGUCGAAAAACAUGGUUUGGAGAUAUCACAACCUGGACUCGGGGCCAGUAGUGGAUUUACGUGGGAGAUGACAAAGAGGAAGGAUGAUGGAGAAGUUCACAAAUUAACAGAUGAGAGACCAGGCUGGUGUAGUGAUCCAAAUUUGCCACCUUGUGCCGCAUUUGUGGAAAUUAUGGCCCCUGUCUUUUCUCGAGAAGCUUGGCGUUGUGUCUGGCAUAUGAUUCAGAAUGAUUUAGUGCAUGGAUGGGGAUUGGAUUUUGCUCUCAGAAGAUGUGUAGAGCCAGCACAUGAAAAAAUUGGUGUGGUUGAUUCACAAUGGAUUAUUCAUCAAACAAUUCCUUCUCUCGGAGGCCAGGGAGAAGCUGAUGAUGGAAGAGAUAAAUAUGAUGCGGUGAAAACGAGAUGCAGGAGUGAGUGGGCCGAAUUCCAAACUCGGCUCACCAAUGCUGAUAAAAUGUAUCUUAAAGGACUUAGACGAAGUGUGAGGAGCUAACAUUACGGCCCCAAUCCAAUCUCCAAUUCUAAUGUACAUGUUUUACUUCAUUUACAGAGUGCAUACAAGUAUAUUUAUCAAAGGAAAGAAAAUUACAUAUUUUGUCUCAGGCAAAUUGCCACAGACUGCUUGUCUUCUGCACUUAAUAUGCAACAAAAAUCAGCUUAUAG